AUGGCGCGCACCAUGCUUGUCGGCACGUUGCUGGUGCUGGGGGUGAGUCUGGCGAUGGCGCAGAGCAGCGCGGCCGACGGCGCGACUCGCACCCACUACUUAAGAGCGGAGGCCGUGGAGUGGGACUACGCUCCUUCUGGUAUAAACCAGUGCAAUGGCGCGGACUUCACGGGAGAUGAAGCAAUAUUCACGACGGAAGGGCUGGGCACUGUGUACAAGAAGGCUGUGUUCCGCGAGUACACUGACGCCAGCUUUGCGGAACCGAGGCCGAGGCCGGCGGAGUUUGAACACAUGGGCCUGUUGGGUCCACCUCUGUUUGCGGAGGUGGGAGACACCCUGGAGGUUGUCCUUCGAAACGACCUGCCCUUUGCCAUCAACUUUGAUGUCCAGGGCGUCGUCCUGCAAAAUGGUGUGGUGAACACGGGCGAGGCCUUGACCUAUCGCUGGACGGUGGAAGACAAGCAGGGGCCCACAGAAGAUCAGGCCAGCUCUGUGGUGUGGCUCUAUAGGUCGACUGUGGACCAGCCACAGCAUGCCAAUGCAGGACUGCUUGGUCCUGUUGUGGUUGCAAGGAAAGGUGCAGGAAACGAGGCUGGUCGAGCCAUGGACGUGGAUGCGGAGUAUUUUUUGGUGCUGGAAGUGUGGAAUGAGAAUGACUCCCCCUUCCUGGGGGACAACCUGGCGGGUCGGACAGCAGAAGACUUUGGUCUUGAGGAGGAAGACUUUGAGGAGUCCAACUUGAUGCAUGGGAUCAAUGGCUAUGUGUAUUGCAAUUUGCCGCCUCCACAGUCAGCCGUUGGUGAUGUUGUGCGCUGGCAUGUGGUGGCAGUGGGGAAUGAGGUUGACCUCCACACUGCCCAUUGGCAUGGCCAUACAUUCAACUUUAAUGGAAACCAGAUGGACUCAUUACAUCUCAUUCCGGGCGUGGCCUAUUCUCUGGACAUGACUAUGGACGAUCCUGGAACUUGGCUGCUGCACUGCCAUGUUAAUGACCACAUUCGAGCUGGCAUGAUUAUGACAUACACUGUCACUGGCCAGCUUGCCGAAAUCCAGCGCACUGGUGUCCUUCGAGAAUAUUUUAUUGCAGCAGAGAUGGUCAACUGGGAAUAUGUCCCCGAAAAGAUGAACUUGUGCAGCAAGGAUGGGAUGCCAUUUGGUGAGGAUGAGAAUGUCUUUCUGGAGCGCACAGAGACCACAAUUGGGAGUGAAUAUCUGAAGGCACGGUAUGUGCAGUAUACCGAUGCCUCUUUCGCAACUCCUGUGGAGCGGGAUCCAGAGGAUGCAUACCUGGGGCUCCUGGGCCCCAUUCUCAGGGCGGCCGUUGGUGACACGAUGAAGAUAACGUUCAUGAACAAGAACGUUCUGCACCCUGUCACCGUUCACCCCCAUGGGGUGCUGUAUGAGAAGGAUUCAGAAGGUACGCCUUAUGCAGAUGGCACUUCUGGAGACGACAAGCUUGAUGACUUUGUGGAGCAGAAUCAGACUGUCAUCAUGACAUGGCACGUUGUCGAUCGGGCAGGGCCAGGGAAGAAGGAUGGCAGCUCUGUCCUGUGGAUGUACCAUUCUCAUGUAGACGAGAUUGCUGACACAAACACGGGUCUGGUUGGGGCGCUCAUUGUGACACGAGCGGACGUGGCUGACCCCAAAACCGCCAUGCCCAUGGACGUGGACAGAGAGGUGGUUCUGUUCUUCAGCGUGAUCGAUGAGGCCGAGUCGCUGCUGUUUGACGACAACAUCGCCACAUUCCUGCCCAAUUUGGGGGAAGAUGAGGCAGAAGAGCUGAAGGAGGAUGAGGGCUUCCAAGAAUCGAAUCUCAUGCACCAGAUCAACGGCUUCUUAUACUGCAACCUGCCAAACCUUGUUGUCUCUCAAGGCCAACGUGUGCGGUGGUAUGUCAUGGCUCUGGGAACCGAGGUCGACAUGCACACACCGAACAUGCAGGCGGCAACCUUGGUUGGUCUGGGCGAGCCAGAGGAGACACUGCAGCUCAUUGCAGGUGGCAUGACAGUUGCGGACAGUGUCCCGCGGGUGCCUGGGCGUUUCCAGAUCGCAUGCCGAAUUGCAGACCACAUUGCAGCAGGCAUGGUGGCUGUGUUGACUGUGGAGGCCAGCAACAUGGCAGUCCCCCAGGGCAAUGGUGCUGUACGUACAUACUUCAUUUCGGCGGAUGAGGUGGAUUGGGACUACACGCCCUUUGGUUAUGACGGCUGCACUGGGGAGCCCUUCGACGAAGACCAGCUGGUGUUCACAGAGACAACAGAAACCACCCUGGGCAGCAAAUACAAGAAGGCAGUUUUCAACGCCUACACGGAUGACACAUUCACAGAGCUACUCCCAAAAGACCCCCAGUAUGGCAUUGUGGGUCCACUGAUUGUGGUCGAAGCUGGUGCCACCCUGCGUGUGUUGUUCCGAAACAACCUCACAGAUCAGGAUGCCAAUUUCAAUGUGGGUGGCUUGGUAACUGAGAAUGAGGUAUUGGGGGGAGGUGUUGUGUCCCCGGGAGGCACCCAGCAGUAUGAAUUCAAGGUGCUUGAGGAUGCAGGUCCCUGCAGCGGCUGUGUGCCCAACACUGCCUCCUACAUCUACACCUCCACAGUGGACUUUGUGGCACAGAGCAACGCGGGACUGGUGGGGCCUCUGCUGGUGGCUGCCCCUGGGGCCCUGAAGCCCAAUAGCAGCAUGGUGGAGGGUGUCGAUGGCAUCGUGCCACUGCUGUUCGCCAUCCAGAACGAGAAUGAGAGCCCAUACCUUGAUGAUAACAUUGCAGUGGCUGAGGCACUCCUGAACUCCACGGUUGACACAGAGUCAGAGGAUUUUGAAGAGUCUAACCUUAUGCAUGCCGUCAAUGGUUACCUGUACUGCAACAUGCCCAGGAUCAAGCUGUACAAGGACAGCCUGCUGCAAGUGGUUCUGAUGGGGAUGGGGUCUGAGACUGACAUGCAUGUCCCAAUAUUUUCUGGAGCUCCUUUGGUGCACCGGGGCCAGAACGUGGCUGCUGUGCAGGUGAUGCCUUCAACGAGCUUCGUGGUGGAUCUGACGGCCCCUGUCGGCCCCACGGGCGUGUACGACAUCUACUGCGACGUCCAUGAUCAUUUGUCGGCGGGCAUGCAGGCACAAUAUGUGGUAGCGGACUCAGAAAUACUGUAG